ACUUACUAAUUACAAUCUCACCUAGGAUUACAUCUAAAAAUUAGUAAUUUUUUAAAUUUCCUGCAUGCUUUACUCCGCCACUGCAUUAACCGAAUAAAAAUAAUUAAGUUAAAUGAAACAACUCGAGCGCGUGUUGUCUCCCGACAAAAUUCACAAUUCCUAAAAUUGGCCAAAGUUAUGGAUCGUGACAACACGUCGACAAGGGAAACCAAUCCCAGAGAAACAGCUAACAUCUUCUCGUUUUUGUCAUUUUUCUACUCCCUUGAACUUUUUCAAAAAGGUUACUCAAAAAGUCUAGAAAUGGAUGAUGUCUACGAAGUCGUGAGUGACUGUCGCGCGAAAGAAUUGGGAGAUCGUCUUGAGAAACAGUGGAGGAUUGAGGAAAACAAAAGGAGAAAACCGUCAGUGUGUCGAGCUCUUUGGGCCUGUUUUGGCAAAACUUUUAUUUUGUUGGGAUUAAUACAGUUUGCUUCUACUGUUGUCAAAACAAUUUGGUCACCGAAAGCUUUAUCAAAACUGAUCUCGUAUUUCAAUCCUGGACAAACUGAUUUGACCAAACAAGAUGCCUACUACUACGCCUGCAUGGUCAUUACUUUGAGUUUGGUUGAUUUAAUUGUUAAAAGUAAUUAUAGACUAGCAGCAGCCCAACUAGCAGUUGGAAUUAAGGCAGCAGUUUCGUCACUUUUGUACAGAAAAUCGCUAAAAUUGAGUAAUGAAUCUUUGUCGGAGAUAACGGCCGGAAAAAUCACAACAAUUACAAGUAAAGAUUUAGAAAUUAUUGAAACUGUUACAAGAGAGGGAAAUGAUGUUUGGAUAGCUCUUCUACAAACUGGUCUCAUUUGCUAUUUGAUUUAUUACCAAAUCGGAAUCGCAUCGUUUGCUGGAAUUACUUUUUUCUUUGUCGUGUUGCCCAUUCAAGCACUUCUUGGAAAAAUGGCAUACAAUUUAAAACUGAAAUGUAGCAGAAAAUGUGAUGAAAGGCUCGAAUUUUUGAAAGAAGUUAUGUCAGCAAUAAAAAUUAUCAAAAUGUACACUUGGGAAACAUUUUUUGAAACGAAAAUUAACAAUGCAAGAAAGGAAGAACUGAAAGAACUUUACAAACUCUAUUACACCAAAGUAUGGAUUUUAAUAAUUGGAAACAUCUCCACAAAACUUGCAUUUUUCAUUUUUCUCAUCACUUACAUUUGGUUUGGUAACGACGUAUCAGCUGAAGUGGUUUACUACAUCGCUAGUUGUUUCAAAGACCUUGAAUUGUCACUCAAUAGGACAAUUCCUUUUGGAAUUUCCCAAAUUGCCGAAAUGUUUGCUACUACUAAAAGAAUUGAAAGUGUUCUUAAAAGUAAAGAACUUGGACCAGUCCUGGAAUAUAUUGAGUGCACAGAACCUGAAAUAAUUCUAGAUGAAAUCACUGUCAAAAUAAAAGACAAAACGGUGUUAAAAAACGUUUCAUUGACUCUUCAUUCAGGCCUUCAUGUCGUUUUGGGUCCAGUAGGUAGUGGCAAAACGACAUUUUUGAAAACAAUCCUUAGAGAAACUGGAUUCAGUGGCGAGAUUCGAGUUUUUGGGAAAAUCUCUUUCGCGUCACAAGAACCUUGGCUUUUUCCGUCAACAAUCAAAAAUAAUAUUCUCUUUGGAGAAAAAUAUUUCCCCGAGCGUUAUACUAAAAUUUUAAAAAUUUGUAACCUAAACCACGACUUGAACUUGCUUCCGGAAGGAGAUGACACUCUUAUUGGAGACCGUGGUUUAAAUUUGAGUAAAGGUCAACAAGCUCGAGUAAAUCUAGCCAGAGCUUUGUACAGAGAAAGCGAUAUUUAUCUCUUGGAUGACUGUUUGGCGGCUUUAGAUGCCCAUGUAAGUGACAGCAUUUUUCAACAAUGUAUUUGCAAGUUUCUGAAAAACAAAAUUUGCAUUUUUGUGACCAAUAAUUCAGAUUAUAGUCCAAGUGCCGACAAUAUAAUUGUGCUAGAAAGUGGUUCGGCCAAAAUUGAGAAGAAAAUAAAACUGGAAGAGAAAAUAUUUGAGCUUAAAGCUCAUAAUAAAAAUAACAAAAGUGAAAAAAAUCAAGUCGAAAUAAAAAGUCUCAAAAAUACGAUCUAUCAUGAAGAGAAAAAAUCUGGAAAAGUGCCUUUACGUGACUAUCACCAAUACGUAAUUUAUGGCGGCGGUUUAUUUAUAUUUUGUCUUUUGAUCGGUCUUUUUGUGGCAACCCAAUUAACGGCUAGUUAUAGCGAAAAAAUUCUAAGUGAAUGGGUUACUUUGCAACAAAAUUUUACCAAUUACAAAAAAUUUGAAACCAAAUCUCUCUCCAGCGAAAGAAACAAUUUGUUGAUCAUUUAUGUGACCGCAGUUAUAUUUUCAAUUCUGUUAUCAUUGAUUCGCUCAUUUGCAUUCUUUUUCUUUACCAAAAAAGCUUCGUUCAAUAUACACAAAGCAAUGGUGUACAAUAUUCUAAACAGUACCAUGCAAUUCUUCGAUUCACAUUUAAUCGGAAAUGUUUUGAAUCGAUUUUCUAAGGAUUUUGCAACUGUUGAUGAAACUAUUCCAUUUGUCGUAAUUGAAUGCAUAAUAAUCAUUUUUGAAGUCGUCGGUUCUAUAAUUCUCUUAACAACAGUCCAUUACAUUUUCUUCUUAGAGGCUUUUAUCGUUUUGUUUGUGGCUUGUGUAGUCAAACAGUAUUGCCAACCUGCUGGACGCAAUAUGGAAAGAGUUCAUGUUUCAGCAAGAAGUCCUAUUAUUGGUCACAUGAGCACCAGUCUUGAAGGGUUAACGACAAUUAGAGCAAGCAAUGCCCAAGACGUUGUCAUAAAAGAGUUUGAAAGGCAUCAGGAUUUGUUUUCGUCAGCUUAUCUUAUGGUUGUUACAAUAUUCAGAGCUCUAAAUUUUUUCAUGGAGUUGGUGUGUGUUGCUUUUUUUGGUAUUGUGGUUCUACAAUUUUUGGUUACUGAUUUAGAUGCGAGUGUUGGUGAUGUGGGGCUUGUAAUGACUCAGUCUUUGGCCACUGUUACCACAUUUACAAUAGCUAUCAUCAACAUAGCAGAUUGUGAAAAUUUGAUGAUUUCAGUUGAACGAGUUUUAGAAUACACCAAACUUCAAGAAGAAAAAAAAGACGGGGAAAUAAUAGAUAACUGGCCAAAACAUGGCCUAGUAGCAUUCAACAACGUUUCUCUAAAUUACGGUACAAAUAAACAAAUGUUAAAAAACGUUAAUUUUGCGAUUGCUCCCAAAGAAAAAUUGGGUCUUGUUGGUAGAACUGGAGCUGGAAAAUCAUCAAUUAUUUCGGCGUUGUUUAGAUUAUACGAAAUUGAAGGAUCAGUCACGAUUGACAACACUGAUAUUAAAGAAAUCUCUUUAAAGUUAUUACGUUCAAGAAUCACAGUGAUUCCCCAAGAUCCCUAUCUCUUUCUAGGCACAAUUCGCGAAAAUUUAGACCCUUUGGGUCGCCACAAAGACGAAGAAAUUUGGAAACUUCUAAAAGACUUGCAACUGGACUCUUCAAUUGAUAAUUUAAAUUCCCAAAUUGAUAAAGGUUCAAAUUUCAGUGGCGGCCAGAAACAGUUACUGUGUUUGGCUCGUGCUGUCCUCCGAAAAAGCAACAUUUUGGUCUUGGAUGAAGCAACAGCGAAUGUGGAUCAAGAAACUGACGCUCUAAUCGAAGAAACCGUUAGAAAACAUUUUGGGGAUUCGACUGUCAUUGUUGUUGCCCAUCGACUGUUAUCCGUAAUGAAUUGUGAUAAAGUCGUUGUGAUGAGUGAUGGCCGAGUUAGCGAAUUUGAUGAACCUGGAAAGUUGUUAAAGGAUAGGAAUAGUUUUUUUCAAAGUGUUAUUAAAUAAUU